GGCUUUGGGUUAUUGGGCCGAGGCCCAUAUGAGGCCCGUGGCGACCGCUGGCGAAGGCAGAGUGGUGAAGCGUUGGAAGGGAUGCUGAUGUCGCGGCGGCUCGUGCCCGCCGCCGCCGCGGCGAGGAUGGCGUCGUCGUCGUCGUCGGCGGCGGCGGCGGCGGUGUCUGGUGGUGCGGAAGGUGGAGGUGGGGAGGGGAGGGGAGGGGACACGCUGGGGAGGAGGCUGCUGAAGCUGAUCUACCCGAAGCGGAGCGCGGCGGUGGUGCUGCGCCGGUGGGCGGAGGAGGGGCGCACCGUGCAGAAGUACCAGCUCAACCGCGUCGUCCGCGAGCUCCGCAAGUACCGCCGCUUCAAGCACGCCCUCGAGAUAUGCGAGUGGAUGAGGACGCAGCCGGAGAUGAGGCUGCUUCCCGGGGACCACGCCGUGCACCUCGACCUCGUGGCCAAGGUCCGGGGGCUCCCCAGCGCCGAGAAGUUCUUCGAGGACAUGCCGGAGCGCGCCAAGGGGCCGUCCACCUGCAACGCGCUGCUCCACGCCUACGUGCAGCACGGCCGGCGUGACAAGGCGGAGGCAAUGCUGGAGGAGAUGGCCAAGGCUGGGUACCUCACCUGCGCGCUGCCGUUCAACCACAUGAUGUCGCUCUACAUGUCGAGCGGCGAGCUUGAGAAGGUCCCGGAGAUGAUCAAGGAGCUCAGGAGGUACACCAUCCCUGACCUGGUCACCUACAACAUAUGGCUGACAUACUGCUCGAAGAAGAACAGCGUGAAAGCCGCGGAGAAGGUCUACGAUCUGAUGAAGGAUGAGAGGGUGGUUCCUGACUGGAUGACAUUCAGCUUGCUGGGAAGCAUUUACAUCAAUGCCGGGCUUCAUGUCAAAGGCCGGGACGCGCUGGUGGAGAUGGAGAAGAGGGCCUCUCGGAAGGAGAGAGCCGCGUACUCCUCAUUGCUCACCCUGUAUGCAAGCUUGUCGGAUAGAGGUAACUUGGACAGGGUGUGGAGGAAGAUGAGAGAAACCUUCAGAAAGUUCAGUGACACCGAGUACAAGUGCAUGCUCACUUCGCUCACAAGGUUUGGCGAUAUCGCAGAAGCAGAGAGCUUUUACAGCGAAUGGGAGUCCGCCUCAGGAACACGCGAUUCGAGGAUCCCGAACACGAUCCUCGCAUUUUACAUCAAGAACGGCAUGAUGGAAAAGGCUGAGGGUUUCCUCGAUCACAUUGUGCAGAAGGGUGUCAAGCCAAGCUAUAGCACUUGGGAACUGUUUGUCUGGGGCUAUCUCAGCGAUGGCAGAAUGGACAAAGUUCUUGAGUGCCUGAAGAAAGCCCUGUCAUGUCUGGAGAAAUGGGAUCCAAACCCUCAACUCGCGACGGCGAUAUACUCUCAGAUUGAGGAGAAAGGCGACAUCGAAGCUGCAGAGAAGCUCCUGGUCAUGUUCAGAGAAGCAGGAUAUGUCACGACCGAGAUCUAUAACUCGGUCUUGCGCACUUAUGCGAAGGCUGAGCUGAUGCCGCUGAUAGUUGAUGAACGCAUGGAUCAGGAUAAGGUCUCAAUGGACGAUGAAACAAGGAGUUUGCUGAGAUUGACAAGCAAAUACCCGAUUGGUGAAGUUUCGACAUUGAUGUCUUGAGAUGUUGCAAGUUCGGGCAAUGAAUUUUCAGUCCUACAGGAUGCAAUGUGCUGUUAAUUGAUUUCCAAUCACAAGUUAUUGCUCCCCUGUAUUUGCAGUUUUGAACUCGAAAGCAAAGUAGCGAGGAUAGACUGAUACAAGGUUAGUGGGCUGGAAUUUGUGAAUAUUAGCAAGUUCGGUCAUGAGUCUGUAUAAGCACUACCUGCUCCCUUGCCUUCUGACUAUCUGGCGCGGCUAGAUAGCACAAUUCGCAACAAGUUACUGCUCUUUGUUUUUGAAAACAGAUACAGAUAACAAAUCGUGCGUAAAUUUGCAUUGUGAGAAUUAGUGCUGA